AUGACGUUAUUACCACCAACGCCGGCGCAACAGAAACGUAUAGACGAGCAGCUCCCACCUGACCCGGAAAUGAGAAAACAAGAUAUCAGGGCGAUACGGGAAUGGCUCUCCAAGCAGCCGCACUUGCCAAAUCACAUGGACAAUGGCAGACUGGAGAGAUUCCUUUACGGUUGCAAGAACAGCGUCGAGAGGUGCAAAUUAAUCUUGGAAAGAUACUUCAGCGUCCGUACGUCUUUGCCGGAGUUCUUUGCCGUUCGCGAUCCGCUGUCCCGGGAUAUUCAAGAUUGCUGCGAUGCGAUAGACUUCUUCGUUCUGCCGUCAUUGAGCGACGAAGGAUACCGUGUCACCGUGUUACGAGUGCGUGACACCAACCCGGAAAAGUUUUCUAUUCAAACGAUAGCCAGGCGUAUCUUGAUGGUGCUUGACGUUCGUUUGACGGAGGAAACUUGCUUGUCGAAUAUCAUGAUCAUAGAUUUCCAGGGAUUUCACACGAUACAUUUUGCAAAAUGCUUCCCGACGCAAUCUAACGUGAGACGGGCGAUGUUGGCGGUGCAAGACAGUAUGCCUUUCCGAUUAUUUAGCGUUCAUUUUCUCCAUGCACCGUCGUCCAUCACUAGCAUCCUCAACAUAUUUUAUCCGUUGUUGAAAGAAAAACUGAUUCACAAGUUUCACGUACACAAUGGUGGCGGUGAAGAGUUGUACGCUUAUAUGAACAAGGACAUACUUCCUAAUGAAUGGGGUGGCAAAGCGGGCACUUUACGAGAAUUAAACGAUGCAUGGCGUGAAAAAAUCGAGAAGAAUAGAGAUUGGUUUUUGAAGGAGGAGAAAUUCAGUCGUACGGAUGAAAGCGCUCGUUUACCAGAUUCAAAACCGUCCAGCCUUCUGAUGGAACUCGAAGGAAUUCAGGGUACAUUCCGGAAAUUGAACAUAGAUUGAUAUAAUUGUUUUUUAUUGAAAAAAAUUUUCCAGCACUGAUGAAUUGAAAUGUUUAUUCAUCCAUAUUAUAACGCUUGAAGUGAUCUUUGAUCGGAUCAAAUUGCGGAUCGCAGUUGCAAUAUGAUAUAAAUAAUAUAUCAAAUUAAUAUUUUUGAAGAAUAAUAAACAGAAAUCAUAUAUAAUUUUUCACAUUGCCCUGCCUUGCGUGAAAAAGCAAGAUGCUCGAUAGAAAUCGAUCUUUGUUAAAUUCGUGCUAUUAAGUAAUAAUUAUAAAAUAAUUGUUCCUCAAUCUGUUAUUCGAUCGAACGAGCUGUCACAGAAAAUUUGUCCGUUACUUCGUGACAUUCGUCUCGAGAUAGCGCCACGUUAUACUUUCGUGUCGAUCAUUGUCAGACCCAUGUUGAGACCUUGAGCUAACGACUAUAUACUAAUGUAUUAAAAUACUACUCUUCAAUUUUUACAAGCGUCGACAGGAAGUAUUAAAG